AUGGCGCAACUGCUCGAAAACGAAGCCGACACGAGCAGCGACGCCAGCUCCUUGUAUGAUGAAAUCGACCCCUCAGCCCUAGCACAGCUCGCCGCGGGCAACGCGGAUGCACGCACGAAGUUCCUGGCGCUGCUCGACAAGUGCGCCGCGGCCGAACGUGACGCAGCGGCCGCGCAAGACGCCAUCGCAGCAAUGGCGUCGAGCGUGGCCGAGGUCGGCACGGCGCACGCGCCCGCGUUCGCGAUCGCCCAGACGGCAUCAAAACGCGGGGCGGCGCACGCGCGCACGGCUGACGCUAUCGCCGCGGCGGCUGCAGUCUGCGCAGCGAUGACGGGCGACGAACCAACCCUCGACGCAAAUGAUGCGGACGCCGCCGUGGACGCCGCGCGCCGAAGGCUCCGCGGCCGCGGCGCCAGGCACGAGGACCGCCGCGUCGCGCUGCGGGACGCCUACCGCCAGCGCGACGCCACGCGCGAAGCCGCGGCGCGCGCCUGCCACCGGACCGAUGCGAAGCGCGCGAGGGCGGUCGCGGCCGCCGUGACCGCGCUGCAGCGGGCCGAGCGGGCGCACCUCGCGGAGCGACUGAGUGCUGUCGUCGCCGCGGACGACCACACCGCGACGGCGCGUGCGAAGCGGCGCGCCUUUGCCGCGACGAGAAGCUCGGCCGCGGGCGCCCGGCGCCACGACGCGGCGCUCCGCGUGCUGGACUGGUGCGACGCGCGGCGCGCGGAGCGCCGCGACGACGUCGCCCAGGCGCCGCCCGCCAAGGCUGCGAAAGCCGUCGAGGCCCUGUUCGACGCGAGCUCGAAAUUGGUGGCGACGGAGGACGACGUCGCCGCCGCGUCGACGGUCUACGGGCGCGCGCGGCGCGACACGCUCGCGGCGAUCGGCGCGCACCGGUCGACGCCGUCUGUCGAAUCCCCGCUUGUCGCGGAGUGCCUCGCGCGGCUCUUCGCGAACGCGGUGGACGCGAAAGAUGCCAGAGAUGCGGCGCAGGCCAUGGCGCUGGCCGCGACGUUCUGCGCGGCGGGCGCGAGCACGCCGCUCGUCGAGGGCGCCGUCUUCCGGGACGCGGCGCGGGCGGCCAUAAAUCGUAUUGGGAGUGAUGAGUUUUGGGACCAGCAGCUGCUGACGGGCGCGGAGUCCGAGCUGCGCCUGACGCGUUUGUUUGAGGAGGGCGCGUGGGACCGCGGGCAGAAUUCCAGUGAUGUGGACGAUGCCGUGGAUCACGUCCAAACCGUUCUCUUCAACCGCCUCGUGGCGACGGCGCACUCGAUGCGGUUGUUGGGCGAGGAGGUCGAAGUGGUCCGCCGCUUCGCCGACCGCUCCGCGAGGCUCUACCAGCUGCCGCGGGUGCGGCGCAAUGCCGCGCUGGAGACCCUGUUGUAGUAAGUGAGUGUUCUGUGC